AUGAGAAGAUUUGGACAGCCACUGCCCAAAAUUGACAAUGACAAUAUCAAGACAUUGGCUAUAGAAAUGGUUAUGGCACCUGACUUUUGCAAGGCAGUGAAUGACAAGUUUUUGCCAACCAGAGGCAGUGAGAUGGAGUUUCUAUUACUAUGGGAUUUUGCUUAUCAACUGUAG